UCUAACAGCAGAGGUCAGACAUGAAGACAGUUGCGAUGAUCGUGAAGGCCUAUUGGAUUAGCUGCUGUCAUUUCGAGAGCAGUUUUCAGUGUGGCUUUACCCCUGUCGUUAUUCAAUCUAUACGGGCUGCAAGACUCUACCCGAGAUUAGCCACUGUCUCCUAACAAGGGACAAUAAGUGACAGGCGCCGUCCCUCGGCCAGUGGUCCAGCCCCACCAUGCCGCUCUGUCUGAUGUACACCAACCUGAAGGACAGCGAGGUCCCUGGAGGUCUGGAGGUCACUCUAGCGGAGACCAUAGCCAAGACCCUUGGGAAACCUAUGCAGAAAAUGACAGUCACUGUACAGACCGGGCUGCGCAUGUACCGCCUGGAGAGCAGGGCCCCGACUUGCUUUCUUCAGAUCCACUCAAUAGACGUGUUUGACAAAGACAGGAACCCAGCCUACACCAAGCCUAUCAUAGACUUCCUCAAGAAUGCCUUGAACAUUGAAGGAAAUAGAAUUGUUAUCCAGUACCUGCCAAUCCAUCUUCACGACGUGGGGCUGGAAAAGCCGUACUAAGGCGUUGCCAACGUUACUACCAGACCGUACGUUACCAUGGACUACUACUACGUCAAGGUCAAAUGGCCAAAGACACAUGUGGAUAUGUAUAACUGAGAUUACAGGCAUGCAGUUCCGGUACAGCAACACGCACGACACUGCAUCAUCUUUUAACCAUCGUUGUGUGAAAUAAAAGUAUUCUUGUGAAAA